CCUGCUCCCCCCCUCCCCUCCCCGUCUCGACUCUGCUGCGGCCGUUGAGGAGAGCGAGAGGUGCCGCCGCCGCCGCCGCCGCCGCCUCCUUUGCCCGGUUCUGUCGCCGCCAUGGGCUGCACGCUGAGCGCCGAGGACAAGGCGGCGGCUGAACGGAGCCGCAUGAUAGACCGCAACCUGCGCGAGGACGGCGAGAAAGCGGCCAAGGAAGUGAAGCUGCUCCUGCUCGGUGCUGGAGAAUCUGGUAAAAGUACCAUAGUGAAGCAAAUGAAAAUCAUUCAUGAGGAUGGCUAUUCAGAGGAAGAAUGCAAGCAAUAUAAAGUGGUUGUCUACAGCAAUACUAUCCAAUCUAUCAUUGCAAUAAUCAGAGCAAUGGGAAGACUAAAGAUAGACUUUGGGGAAGUUGCCAGAGCAGAUGAUGCCCGACAAUUGUUUGUACUAGCUGGAAGUGCAGAGGAGGGAGUCAUGACUCCUGAGCUAGCCGGUGUGAUUAAGCGGUUAUGGAGAGAUCCUGGGGUUCAAGCAUGCUUCAGUAGAUCAAGAGAAUAUCAACUAAAUGAUUCUGCAUCCUACUACCUUAAUGACCUGGACAGAAUAUCCCAACAGAGCUAUAUUCCAACUCAGCAGGAUGUUCUACGGACCAGAGUGAAAACAACAGGCAUUGUAGAAACACACUUCACCUUCAAGGACUUGUACUUCAAGAUGUUUGAUGUUGGUGGUCAGCGUUCAGAACGUAAGAAAUGGAUCCACUGCUUUGAAGGGGUGACAGCAAUUAUAUUCUGCGUAGCUCUCAGUGAUUAUGACCUUGUUCUUGCUGAGGAUGAAGAAAUGAAUCGUAUGCAUGAGAGUAUGAAACUCUUCGACAGCAUUUGUAACAACAAGUGGUUCACAGAUACGUCAAUCAUUCUUUUCUUGAACAAGAAAGAUCUGUUUGAGGAAAAGAUAAGGAGGAGCCCACUAACUAUUUGCUACCCGGAAUACACAGGUUCUAACACAUAUGAGGAGGCAGCUGCAUACAUACAGUGCCAGUUUGAAGAUCUGAAUCGAAGAAAAGACACCAAGGAAAUCUACACCCAUUUCACGUGUGCCACUGACACCAAGAAUGUGCAGUUUGUGUUUGAUGCUGUUACAGAUGUUAUAAUUAAAAACAACCUGAAGGAAUGUGGACUCUACUAAAAGAAGAGGAUGAUAAUGAAAGGAUAUAGCAUUUUAAGAACUGGACUGUUUAUUUGCUGCCUUGUGGGACAGCUGCAAGCAUGAACAGGACCGGAGAAUGAAAACAGCAUGCAAAAUCCUUGCAUUCUUUAGCACAAUCUUCUGUACUAGGGACCUUUUUAUUGAUAUGGGAUGCUGAAGUUAGACUCCAAAAAAUGGAACUACUGUUAAGUGUGAUUUUUUUAAUCAUCUAGGCAUCACUUGGAUUGCAUAGUCUCAAAUGUGUACAGCUGUUGUGAAGCUGAGAUCCUAGAUCCCAAAACUUCAAUAUGUAGCUUUCUUUCUUUUAUAAGCCACCACUACUCUGUGUUUAAGGUUUUUCAGUGAAAAGUAUAUCUUAACUAAAUUCUAUUUCUUUAUUUGCAAACAAAAUCUUGUUUUUAAAACAAAAACAAAACAAAACACUUAACUAUGCACAUGAUGUGACCAGAUCACGCAGGAAGUAUUCCUCUUAGCAGGAACCUUUUGUUUUUAACACUUGGUAUGGUCGGAACUUGUUAUUGCAACUACUUUAAGAGCCUUAGAAUUCUUGUGGCUAAAGCUAUGGCUUCUUCUGAUGUAUAAUUUGUUAUCAUCUUACUACAUAUACAGUGUAAGGCUUCUUCUCUUCUCUCCCCACUGUCCCAAUCAGUUUCCUGCAGCAAGGUAACAGGUUUUGUCUGGCUUAUGGGUUGAGGAGGUUUAGUCUGGGUUAUGCUGAUUACCAGAUCACUAAGAGUGUGACUUGUGUAGCAUUGGGAGUCUGCUUCUUAUAUAAAAUGCCUGAAGCAGCUUCCAGUUACAAAGGUGGAUUGAAAAUUCCGCAUUGGAGGAGAGUGUGCUGUUAUAAAGCUACUUAACCACUUAAUUGUUUGUGUUUGUGUUUGGUCUUAAACUAGUGGGGAGGUUUGUAGACAUGCAAUUCUUUCUGCAUUUACCAGGGCUUUUUAUCUUCAAAGAUUUCUAAAAUGUAUCAACAGCAUGCCUUUAUUUUGUAAAUGUGGUGCCAAGUUCCUGUUUGCCAUUGUUUUUACUGUAGUGGUGUUAUUGACGAGAGUCAGUACAUUUCUUUGCUGAAAUCAUUACAUUGAGACUCUUCCCAAUUUGUCAUGUACAGUUUCAACCUGGUGUAGUUAUUGGCAAUAUUAAAAUGGUGAGAUGAAAAUCUUAAAUGUUCCUAACUUUAUUGGAGCCAUUUCUAGAAAUGUAUCCCAUUAUACUCAUCAACUUUGUCACUCUCUCUUAAUUGCAUUUCCAAUUUCUGCAAAUAAAAGUUUUAGUUAGAUGGA